AUAACUCUGUUGAUUCCAGGACGAAGUCAGAAACUUUACACAUCAGAAAAGACAGAAAACUCAGAUCUGCUUCAUGACCUCUGUGGUUUACUCCUCUGGGGGACAAGGUUUAAAUUUGACCCGAGUGCACCCAGGUGAGACCGAGGGGGGCGGGGCCGGGGAGGUCGCCGGAAGCUGUCGAGGGCGGGCGGGGUCUCCUUCCUACCGAUACUCGUGCACGCGCAUCUACGGGGAGAAACCGGGGGCGCGCCUAAUGAGGAGGGAGUAGGAGGCGGAGAAGAAGAAGUGAAGCGGAAGAAGUAAAGCCGAAGUGAAGAGAAGAGGAAGAAGAAGUGUAGAGAAGGAGAAAGUGAGAAUAAGAGGCUGAAACGGAGCGGAAACGGGUCACUCGCCUCAGACAGGUUCGUCCUGAAUCAUCUUGAGCAGAAGGGAUCGACCAAUCACCUGCCUGAUCUGUGAUUGAUCUGUACGUUGGACGAUGUGAUCGCUGCCUGACCAGACCUCAGGACGCCAUCACUGCUGCUGGAACACAGAUACCGGCUAUUGAUCGCCGAUUAUUGGUAAUACCUCAUGAUAAAGGAAUAUUUGUGGAACUCAUAUCUCCAGAAAACCUCCAGGGACAACAGUGAUUAUAGUUGAUCAGCUGACCUGUGUGCAACACUUGUCUGGCUGACGAACAGCAAAACUCUUUCUUAUUGAUCAAGUGAUCGUUUACUAAGAGAAAAACAAACCUUGUUAGUAAAUCAAUGGCAUCAGAGCCAAUCCAGGACAGCGACGAUGAUCGCCCUCAUGUGGAAGUUAAUGUGGAGACAACAAAUCCCCCGACGACUCCUCCUCCUGCAAAGGUCUCAAACGGCAACCUGACCCCCCACGCCCCCUCACCGACGACCACUACUGAAACACAGGGCCGCAAAAACAAACAGGGCUGCAGCAACCUGAGCAGCCGAAUCCAGCAGAGCCAGCUGAUCCACACUCUGAGCAACGGACUAAAGCAACAUUGCGAUUACGUCAAGAUCUCGGUGAUAGAGGAGCCGGCCGACCGCCUUCCGAAGGAGUGGUGGAAGACGGCCGUGGCGUUCCUCUACGCCCUGUUCAACCUCUUCUUCACCACCGUGGUCAUCACCAUCGUCCACGAGAGGGUGCCGGACAAGUCUGUGAGCCCGCCGCUGCCCGACAAGUUCUUCGACUACGUGGACCGAGUGCCGUGGGCGUUCACCGUCACAGAGGUCAACGGGUUGAUCCUCGUCGGGCUAUGGAUGGUGCAGUGGCUCUUCCUCGAACACAAAGCUAUCAUUGGUCGUCGUUGUUUCUUCCUCAUCGGGACUCUCUACAUGUAUCGCUGUGUCACCAUGUACAUCACCACCCUGCCCGUACCUGGAAAACACAUGGUGUGCGCUCCAAAGCUUUACAACGACUCCACAGGGAAAAUCUGGAGGAUCUUGAGGCUGAUCUCAGGAGGAGGUUUGUCGAUGACGGGCUCUCACCUGAUGUGUGGAGACUUCCUGUACAGCGGCCACACCGUCAUGCUGACUCUGUCCUACCUCUUCAUCAAAGAGUACUCCCAUCGGUGGAUGUGGUGGUAUCACGGCAUCUGCUGGUUGCUCAGUGCCAGCGGAGUGAUCUGCAUCCUGAUUGGUCACGAGCAUUACAGCAUCGACGUGGUGAUCGCAUACUUCGCCACCACCAGGGUGUUCUGGUGGUACCACACCAUGGCUAACACACAUGCGCUUCGUGGGGUUCCAAACAACUACCUGUCCCGGACGUGGUGGAACCCGAUAUUCAACUUCCUGGAGAGGAACGUCAAGACGACAGUUCCCAUCGUGUUCUCGUGCCCGGUGGCGCUGCCGUCGUUCUGCCGACAGAGUUACAGCAUAGUGGAGGGGGGGCGGGGGGAGUGACCUGAUGGAGACAGUUUGAAUCCUUCUUGACUUCUGAUGGAGACAGUUUGAAUCCUUCGUGAUUUCUGAUGGAGACAGUUUGAAUCCUUGGUGACUUCUGAUGGAGACAGUUUGAAUCCUUCGUGAUUUCUGAUGGAGACAGUUUGAAUCCUUCGUGAUUUCUGAUGGAGACAGUUUGAAUCCUUUGUGACUUCUGAUGGAGACAGUUUGAAUCCUUUGUGACUUCUGAUGGAGACAGUUUGAAUCCUUGGUGACUUCUGAUGGAGACAGUUUGAAUCCUUCGUGUCUUCUGAUGGAGACAGUUUGAAUCCUUCGUGACUUCUGAUGGAGACAGUUUGAAUCCUUCGUGUCUUCUGAUGGAGACAGUUUGAAUCCUUCUUGACUCCUGUACAACAAGACGGACGAAGAGCUUUGACAUCAGUUUAUUUAUUAGAAACUUCUCUCUUGAUGACUGAGGAGGAGGAGGAGGUGCCAACAGGAGGAAGAGGAGGAGUCACAGAAAAGGUGCCGUUACGUUUACAUUAUCACCAUCACAAUGAGCACAGCUUGAAUCGUCAGAUCUCUUCUUCCUUCCAUUUAUAAAGAAUCAAUAAAUAUUUGUCUGAUAUUCUGGACCAAAACCAAACCGCUAGCUGUUUUACUUUCCCAUAGCUAACUACAAUGUAGUCCGAUGUCAAAUUGGGUUGCUUAGCCACACACUAGCUAAUAAGGCUAAACAAUUAUUUUUGCACCAACUAAGCUAACCAGAGUUUCAGGACCAAAGCUAAGUUGCUAACUAGUGGUUGAGUAGUUAGAAGUCGGGUCUUCAUUAGUUUCACAGUGAAUGCACAUAUAACUGAAUUAAUUUCAGUUUGCUACAUGUUAGCUCUUUAACCUGAACAACGUAGCAUCUUCAGCGUCUGUCCACAAAGAAGAAUUUCGUUACAGUAUUUAUCAAUUAUCGUUUGGGUCAGUCGUGAAGUUGGUGUUUAUGACAAAAUGAAGCAAAUCUCUGAUUCCUGACCAAUGCUAAGCUGCUAGCUUGUUAACUUAAUUUGGCUUUCCUUCAUUAUCUAAGAUUGUUUCAUGGACAGUGAAGGAGUUAGCCACAUGCUAGGUCUUUACACAGUUUUGAUAUAACUUUAAAAAUAAGAAAUACACAUGUAGCUUCUGUUAACACACGCUAAGACACAUGUAAGAAAUGUUAAGUAAUUGACGAGUGAUUGGUUUGUAAGCUAGUCAGAGAUUCAGGGCUAAAAGCUACAUUGCUAGCUUUUAACCUUCCCAAAGCUAACAUUCUUUUUCGGCCCCUGUCAGAGUGAACACACAUAUAACUGAAUUAAUGUUAGUUUGCCACAAUGUUAAAUUUGUGAGGAUUUGUUAUGAUAGCCACUUAGCUUUCCUUUUGCUAAUUUAAGUUGGGUUAUCUUAAUUGUGUGAGUGAAAGCCUUUGUCAUGGAGUUGAGUGUGUUCGCCCAAAACUAGCUCGUUGUGCUAAACUGUGAUUUUCACUAAAGUAAGAAAUUUAAGUUUUGGCGUUCGCGAAAAACCAAACGUGCCACUUUGAAAACGGAUUCUUUUUUUCUGUCUGGGUUCACAUGCUAGCCCGAGAUUCUGCUAACAAAGCUAGCGACUUUACAUUCCCAGUGCCACUCAUUAGAGUGAAAAUUCAUGAGCGUAAGUUGACGCUUGUUGCUUUUCUGUACUUGAUUAUCCUUUUUUUAAGUUAUAUUUUGUGUAAAGUAUUUUUAAUGUAAUUUUGUACUAUAAAAUACCAUCUGUAAAAAUGUUACAUUCUUCUAAAACUGCUUAAUUUAAGUUGGAUUUAUGAAUGUUGUUGUUGUUAAUUUUAUAAAAAACGAUGUUUGACACAGAAACAUGCGUAUCUGUCAAACUGCACCGUGUCACAAUCCAGAUGUUUCAUAAUAAAACAUAUUUUCAAUCAA